AUGGCGAAUCGUGCCUUCUCGAAAUGUUGUAAAAUCCGUGAUUUUGCUUCUUUAUUAUUGAGAGAGUUUCCCAGAACCAGCAAACCCAUUAAAUACACUUCAACUUCAUUGCCCUUUGAUGAAUGUAAUUCGUUCAAAACGGCGUCGUGUUUGAGGCAAUACCAUGACGGAAGGCCCAGAGGGCCCCUGUGGAGGGGAAAGAAGCUCAUUGGCAAAGAGGCGCUCUUUGUGAUAUCGGGGUUAAAGAGGUUUAAGGAUGACGAAGAUAAGCUUCAGAGGUUCAUCAAAACUCACGUUCUCAGACUCUUGAAGAUGGACAUGAUCGCUGUUCUCACUGAACUUGAGCGCCAAGAACAAGUUUCUCUUGCUCUCAUGAUGUUUAAGGUGAUGCAAAAGCAAGACUGGUACAAGCCUGAUGCAUUCCUCUAUAAGGACUUGAUAAUUGCAUUGGCAAGGUCUAAAAAAAUGAAUGAAGUAUUGGAAUUGUGGGAAAGCAUGAGAAAGGAAAAUCUGUUCCCUGAUUCUCAGACUUAUACUGAAGUCAUAAGGGGCUUCUUGAACUACGGAUCUCCCGCGGAUGCGAUGAACAUAUAUGAGGACAUGAAGAAUUCUCCGGAACCACCAGACGAGUUGCCGUUCAGAAUUUUGUUGAAAGGACUACUGCCGCAUCCUCUUUUGAGAAACAAAGUGAAACAAGAUUUUGAGGAGAUUUUUCCUGAUUCAAGUAUCUAUGAUCCACCACAAGAGAUAUUUGGCGCACGCUGA